CCAGUCGAAUAUGAGGACAAUACUAGUGGUGACGUAUAACGUAUAUUCAGAACAUGGUCAAAUACAGUAUAAGUAAGCAUUUCUUUAAACAAAAAAGAAAAGGAAUUAGAAGAGUCAAUGGGGACAGUUAUCGACUCCCAUUUCUUGGGCCUAACUGCCAUUGUUACAGUGGCUUACCAGUUAAUCUUUUUCAUAAUUACAGCACUCCUCAAGUUUGAUAAAGUCACUGACUUCGCUGGAGGAACAAAUUUCAUUCUGCUUGCAGCAUUAACUUUGAUACUAAAGGGUUCCUAUAAUUUUCGACAGGUGGUUUUGUCUGUGUUUGUAGUGAUAUGGGGCCUCCGACUGGGGCUAUUUCUAUUAAUGAGGAUAUUACAGUGGGGCGAGGAUAGACGUUUUGAUGAUCAGCGUGACAAUCUGGGUAAACUGGCAAUAUUUUGGAUAUUCCAGGCAAUCUGGGUAUGGACUGUGAGUUUACCGGUAACAGUUGUUAAUGCAAGUGACUACCAGCCAUCUAUUCAGGCGGUAGACAUCAUUGGUUGGAUUAUGUGGUCUAUUGGAAUUUUGGCUGAGAUUACAGCUGACCAACAAAAGUUGGCAUUCAAAAACUCCUCAGAGAACAGGGGAAAGUGGUGCAAUGUUGGACUUUGGAAGUAUUCACGUCAUCCAAACUAUUUUGGCGAGAUCUUUCUAUGGUGGGGAAUAUUUGUGGCUGCGACACCAGUGCUAGAGGGUGCUGAAUGGCUCGUUGUGCUAGGACCAGUAUUCUUAACGUUGCUGCUACUUUUUGUUAGUGGCAUUCCCUUGCUUGAGGAAUCAGCAGACAAGAAAUAUGGAAAUGUGGCUGAGUAUAUGUUAUAUAAGAAGACGACAAGCCCUCUCAUUCUGCUGCCGCCUGGAUUAUAUGGAAAGCUUCCUCCAUGGUUCAAAACUUUAUUCCUUUUUGAGUUUCCUCUAUACAGUCGCAAUCUUCCCCAUGAAGAGCCAAGCUGGUAAAACUUCAAUCUUUUACUAUGGAAAUUU